UAAUGUAUAUUUCCGUGUGGUAUCACCAAUAAAUGAAGUGAAGCGCACGCAGCAACAAAAACAAAAAGAUUGCUACGAUCAAAAUAAGUUACCUGUGAUCAAAACUAAAAAACAAACCCUGUGUAUGUUCUCUUUCUUUUUUAAUUAACUUGCCAUUUCCCUUUGCCUGUAACAACAAAUAAAACGACGCAAAAGAAUAUUUUGGGCCAAUGUGCCAGAGUGUGUGUGUGUGAGCGAGAUAACAAGCAAUUUGUGCUGAAAAAUAAAAGUUAAAAAAGAUGCCGUGUAUUUAGAUAAUAGUUAAAGCCGCAAAUUUUGUUUUCGUCACCAUUUCAGCUCUUUUGAAACCGACUCCAGCUGGGUAAUUCGUGUGGCAAACUGAUCCCGAACCAGCAGAGGCAGCUGGGAGAGCAGGAGCAGGAGCUGAGAGAUUGGCAACCACCUGGCCAAAUGGGUGGCAACACUACAGGUGCCAAUUCGAGCGCCUUUAGCGCAGGCGGAUACAUUGGGCCCACAUCGGCCAGUAGUCAUCACAGUCUGGGAACUUCAUCUGCUGAGGCAGCGGCUGCGAUUGCCGGCGGAAGUGACCUGAUACCGGCACCAAUUGGCACGGGGAACGCUAUGGGAGUGUCGCCCUAUGCCUAUGGUGGCACCAGUUGGGAGGAAUUCUGCGAACGUCACGCCAGAGUGGCUGCUUUGGAUUUCGCCAAGGCCUGCAUUACAUACAUCAAUGGAAAUCUGCCGCCGGAGGAGGCAAGGAACAUCCAACACCGCAGCUUUGCCCAGAAAUUCGUUGAAUACUUUUCGGCGCACUAUGACACAGAGUUCUUCAAACGGAGAAGCACUCUGAAAUCGGGCGUGGGAUCACUGGACUUCGAGGAGGAGCACGAGGGACCGCGACUGCUUUCAAAGUCUUUGUUAAGACGACUUUCAUUCAAGGGACUCCGCAAGGGAAAGAUCUCUCUGCUGCAGGCUUUUUUCCACAAAAACUCGGAUGAUGUGGACGGCAGCGGUGGCAGCGGCAAGCAGAGCAAGACGAAGCUGGCCAAGAUCGUGGUGGAGUGCCGCAAGGAAGGCACCGUAAACAACCUGACGCCGGAAAGUCUCGACCAGCCGACAGGCUCGCAAAAAUGGGAGAAGUGUCGAUUGGUUUUAGUGAAAGCCGUGGGUGGCUACAUGCUUGAGUUUUAUACACCCCACAAGGCGACAAAGCCGCGGAGUGGAGUCUUCUGUUUCCUUAUCUCCGAGGCACGUGAAACGACGGCACUGGAAAUGCCGGACAGGCUGAAUACGUUCGUCCUGAAGGCGGACAACAACAUGGAAUACGUGAUCGAGGCGGAAAGUGCAGAGGAGAUGCGCAGUUGGCUGGCCACAAUACGCUACUGUAUGCGAACGCCGCCCACUCAACAGCCGUUGAUCGAAUCGGAUGGCGUAAUGGCGUCCGCCAUGCAAACAUCGCCAACAAAUCCAACUCCCAAUCCCAUAGGGGGCAUUCAGAACCCCCAAUACCAGCAGCAGGGUGGCUCCAAUGGCAAUCUGGUGGGUGGAGGAGCUCCGCUUGCCUCGUCCCUAUCAGCAGAUAGUGCUUUGGGUCAAGGAGGAGCCACAUCUGCCAGCGAAUUAAAUGUCAUCAACGAACUUGGCACCACACCGCCAUCUGGUCCACCAGAUAUACCUAUAAGACCUCAUCGAGGUGAACAGCGUCUGUCUGCCUCCAGCAACUUCGAUGGCAUCGAGGGCACUGAAAAUGAUGCAGAUGUUGCGGAUUUGACGGCUGAGAUGAGCGUGUUUCCCUGGUUCCAUGGCACACUAACGCGAUCGGAAGCGGCUCGUAUGGUUCUCCACUCAGAUGCAGCUGGUCAUGGAUACUUUUUGGUACGACAGAGCGAAACGCGUCGAGGAGAAUUUGUCCUGACCUUCAACUUCCUGGGACGCGCCAAGCAUCUGCGGCUCACAAUCUCGGAGAAGGGUCAGUGCCGAGUGCAACACCUGUGGUUCCCCUCAAUCCAGGAAAUGCUCGAACAUUUCCGUCACAAUCCGAUACCAUUGGAAUCGGGCGGCACUUCGGAUGUAACCCUUACCGAAUGGGUGCACUCACACAGCAGACUGAAUGAUCCAACGGCGGCAGCUACUCAUGACUCAGGACAACUAAACAAUCUGUCGGCGAAUGGUAAUGGAAAUGGCAACGGGAAUGGAAAUGGUUACGAUAAUGGCCAGGGAUCAUCAUCAACAUCAAAUGCGGCUGGAGGAAGUGCAUCGGGAGCUGCUGGCGGUGGCCAUCCGUCGCCGAGACAUUGUAACGAAGUGAUUACCAUGAAUCUGAGUGUUCGCCUAAAGACAAAUGAAAUCGAACUGCCACAGGAGCCAACACACGUCUAUUUUCCGGAGCAAGUCUAUUUCCAUUUGGAUCCCACAACGCUAACAGUGCACGGAUCACCGCCAGCGGCCCAGAAUUUUCUGGACCAGCCACAUCUGCGGGCCUCGAACGCCUCCCUUCAGGCCGCUGCCCAUCAUCCGACGGGAUCUUCCAGCAAUCGGCAUCCCAGCGAUGGUGGCAAUAAUAGUGGUGGAACAGGAGGUGGAUCGGGAUCCAGUGGGGGAGCCGAAUGCACGGGACGGGCCGUCGAUAAUCAGUACAGCUUCACCUAAGUCCGCUCAUCGAUCCUCAUCUGCAUUUCGUGACUUUCCCAGCGGAACUUUACUUUUGUGCCAUUUUUUAAAAUCAUUUUCCUGAAGGAGAGACAAAUUUGUGUUUUUUCGCAUCAAUCAGCUUUCUUUGCUUUAUUGAUUCACUUGUUUCUAUUUAAGUUAGUACCUUUUUUGGAAGACAUGAAGUAACUGAAUAUUAUUAUGUAUACAUUAUAUAGCUAAAUGUGUGUGUUCAUUUUAAGAAAAUCAAUGUUGUAUGUAUAGAAAAGAAAAACCUAAAAAAAAAGAAAACGCAAAAGAAAAUUGUACGAUUUUUGUGGGCACCAAAGGUGCGACUCAUGCGAAUCCUAAAACUUCCUGCUUUACAAAACAAAAAAUACAUACAUAUAUACUAUACUUAUAAAUAUAAAUUAUAUAUACAUAAUUAUAUAUUGAAAUUGGUAAACUACAAUAAAUGAAGUUAUGUAAAAGUAA